GGCGUUACAGUGCAGACGAUAGUGUUUGUGUUGUGAAUUGUAUUUACAAGUGUCAGUUAUGCGUCCAAGCAUCUGAUAAAGAUGGAUGAUCGCACGCUAUCUCGGACCACAGGGUCCGUGGUGCUUCAAGUGGGUGCUCUGGAGCUAUUGGCCAGAUACUCUAUGAACUCAAACAGGGCGACCAGCAUGUUGUCAUCUUUACAUGAAUUUAGAACACAAGAAGUCGAACAAUCAGGCGGUAAACAGUGGAAUUGGAAGUAUUUAAGGGAUCAAUUCUUCCAAAAAGAUUUGGAAGGUCUAUACCGAAAAUAUGAUGAUAAACUAAGAGAAUCAUUAAUAUACAUUUACGUUACUCUGCUUACCCUCUUCUCUACGGCUCACAUCAUUCUAGUCAUUGUCAGUACGUAUAAUGAGCAAGUACAGUGGAAAUCGACAUACCUGUCUAUGGGAAUGUACAUAUUAAGAAUAGCGGUUCCUGUGGUUUCUUUGUGGAAAUGUUUCUACAAACCAUUGAAGAGGAGAUGGUUUUGGAUGCCAAUUUUCAUCACGUUCAUAAUAACCGCUGAUCUUGUUGCUUCAGAUAUAUCAGUAGCAAUAUACAGUUAUCACGAAGGUAUAUCUCUAAGACCGGCGUAUGAUUCAAUGGCGCUUCUAUCCAUUUAUAUAUUUCUACCGAUGAGGAAUAAUAUUUUAGUCAUAGUGCUCGGUGUAAUAGUUAGCGUUGUCUACAUUCUCGUCUUCGCAUUCUUCACGUACUACGGCGAUACUUAUAUUGAAGUCGUGGUGGCAUCAGAUACAAUUUUUCUGAUCGGAGUCAAUUUAAUGGGGAUAUAUUUUAGAUUGAUGAACGAAAUUGUAACAAGACGAUCCUUCUUGGAUAGAAGAGCUUGUGUUGAAAGUACACUGCGACUUAAGUUUGUGAAAGACCAAGAGGAACGUCUGAUGUUAAGUAUAUUACCGGAGCACAUCGUAUCCAAAGUGCGUCAAGACAUACGGACAAUGUUUCUUGACAUCCAAUCACAGAGCCACACUCACAACAUGAAAUCAUUCAACCAAUUAUAUGUAGAAGAGCAUAAGAAUGUAAGCAUUUUGUAUGCUGAUGUGGUUAACUACACCAAGAUAUCAACGACUUUGUCUCCAAUGCGGAUGGUGGAACUAUUAAAUGAACUCUUUGGACGAUUUGAUGAAGCUUCUGAGGAGUACGAUGUUCUAAGGAUUAAAUUUUUAGGCGAUUGCUAUUACUGUGUCAGCGGUGUGCCCAAACCGAGCGUGUUACAUGCGAAAAAUUGUGUUGACCUUGGAUUAGAAAUGAUCAACAUUAUUAAAGAUGUUAGAGAAAAGCGUGCGUUGAAUAUAGACAUGAGAAUAGGUGUACAUUCUGGAAAGAUUCUUAGUGGACUUAUAGGUAUUCGGAAAUGGCAAUAUGAUAUAUGGUCCAGAGACGUAACGAUUGCCAGUAAAAUGGAAUCAACGGGAAAAGCGGGUAAAGUUCACAUAACGAAGCAAACAUUAGAACUAAUUUUAGACUUUGCUCGAGACUACAUAAUUGAGCCAAAUUUCGAAUCUCAAAAUCAUCCUUUCAUGAAGAAAAACAAAUUGGAAACUUAUUUAUUAUCCAGACCUCAAAGGCCAUUUUCCGAAUACAAACCAUUCAGGAGAGCGUCAGUUGGAUUUAAUAAAAUAAUUAAUUCAAGAUCACGCAAUAGACGAUCGGAAAAUAGGAAUUCGUCAAAUUUCCGACGUACAACUUUCAUGGAUGAAAACUUAGUGGAGUAUCAGCAAAUGUUAAAGGCAGCGGACGCACAAAUGGCUAAAGAAAUUGAGGAUAUGACAAAUGGGAAGGAGCAUUUUAGAAAGGAAUCGAGCCUAAACAGGAUUACUUUAAUGUAUAAAAAUUUCAAACUCGAGAAAUCUUUCCUUCAACUACCCGAUCCAUUGUUCAAAUAUUACAUAACUUGCUGCCUCAUUAUUUUACUUCUGAUCCUACUAAUUAAUGGAUUCACAACGAACUGGUUUAGGGGAUUUAAGUGGUUUACAUGCGGUAUUUUUGGUAUAUUAAUAAUAACAUUAGUGAUUCUCCAACCAUUAACAUGGUUUCAAUUCCUAUGGACGAAGUAUAAAGGUAUUGACGAACCAAGAAAUAAAUGUCUUCGUUUCAUUUACGAUUUAUCAGUGAAAAUUAUAAAAUCUGCUAAAAUACGAACGGGGAUUUAUUUACUAAUAAGUGUUGGACUCGCAGCUACGUCUGUGGUUAAUGUUAUCGCUUGCUCCGAAGUCGAUGUGGAACCUUCAACAGAAACCGUUCUAUCGAAUUGUGUUUCGUCGUGGCACGUAACACAAUGCUGGAGUUUAGCUUUGCUCCUGAAUUUCCUCUUCAGCAGAGUUUUCUUUAUAUUUAAAUGGAUAGUUGCAGGCGCCAUGACAACGUUUUACUUAUGGGUUGUUUGGGAUUUAAAGUCAUCUCUAUUCUCUAUCGAUCUGACUUGGAACGUUGGAUUAGAUUCGAGAAUUUCCCAUACACUCUCUGUUGUCUUUAUUACUGUUACAUUGUAUUGGAUCGACCGCACGACUGAAUAUAGAAAUCGACUGGAUCAUUUGUGGCAGAUACAGUUGAGUGAUGAACAAACUGAAGCAGAAACAAUGUUAAGAGUUAAUAACAUGCUCUUAGAAAAUAUAUUGCCUGCACAUGUUGUUCAAGUUUAUUUGGAUCUAAAUAGACCAAUAGAUGAAUUGUACUACGAGAAAUAUGACAAUGUGGCUGUUAUGUUUGCAUCGUUAACUGAUUAUAAGCUUGGAGUUGAAGACGACAGUGAUCUGAGCGAUAAGUUUGUUUUACGAAUAUUGGACGAAGUUAUUUCUGAUUUCGACAGGCUGCUACUCACUGGAGCGUCAAUUUAUAAAGUAGAAAAAAUAAAAAUGGCCGACUGGACAUACAUGGCUGCAUGUGGUUUAGAUCCGAACAGACGGGAGUCAUUGGAUUCUUCAACAUUCGAGUCUGCUGUUGAUAGAAGGCAAAAUAGUCCCUAUAACCGCGCAUUAGUACUGACUAUGGUCGAAUUCGCAGCAGCAAUGAUGAAGCAACUGAAAAAUUUUAACCGUGGAUCAUUUCAAAGUUUUGAAGGACUUAAUUUAAGGAUCGGCAUUUCCAAUGGAGAAGUAGCAGCUGGAGUAGUCGGUUCCCUUAAACCAUUGUACGACAUUUGGGGCAAUGCUGUUAAUAUGGCCUCUAGAAUGGACUCCACUGGUGAAGCGGGAAGAAUUCAAGUAACUGAGAAUACUGCACUUUUGUUGGACGCAUGUGGCGUGCUAACAUUAUACCGAGGUGAAACUUUUGUAAAAGGCCCAGGAUACAUCAAAACCUAUUUUGUGCCAUUGGAUGAAAACUUCAAUCUGAUUAAAAAGGAACACAGCUCAGAAUACUACAAUAGCUUGUCAGAUAGGAAACGUUAUUACAGCGUUCGAGAUGAUUCCAGUGACGUGUCUUACGAAACUGUACCUAACGCCACACAAUUUACAGUUCACAAUAGAAGUUAUUUUGUACCAGAAUCGACACAAGUCCAUGAUGAUAAAUAUUCUGAGGUUUCUGAAGAUGAAACACUAGACGAUGAAACUCAUGGUGAUGAUCAAAGUGAUAGUGAUGAAGUAUUUAUAGAAGAUUGUGAUGUGUCAGAUGUUAGUAGCUUAAGUACUGUCACUUCUGAUUCCAGUGAGUCAUCUGACACUACAUCUGAACCAAAAAUAAUUGAAACAAAAUGUUAAGAAAACCUAGACAUUAUAUCAAAUUACUAGAUAUAUUACGUAAUACUCAUAACAGACUGUAGUCUUACCUUUUUCUGAAUUUGUAACAGAAAUGGAAAGCAAGCCUGUGACUUUCUAAUGUCGAUUUCAAAUUUUGAAACUACCCAUUUUAGAUUUUGUAAAUCUUUGAAGAUUGGGUUUUGCCUAUAUCGAUUGAGUUGACUUCUAUAUUUGAAUGUCUACAUUAUAAUAAGAAAUUGGUCCUUUUGUAGUAAUGAAUGUUUUUAAA